CGGCUUUCUUAAUAAAGUUUUAUACACGUAGUAGUACAAAUCAAGCAGUAAAAAAAAAAAAAGAUGGAUAACAAUGUAAUGUAAUAGAAAAGCGCUUAGAUUAAAUAAAUUAACGAUGAAGGGAGAAUCUUAAAUAGUAAUGUAAGUGUAAUGAGAUGUAAAAAAAACCCACACAAGUAUAGAAUAUACAAUAAAUAAACAAUAUAAGAAUUUCAGAAUGAUGUGAUAAAGAAUAUAAUAACGAUAAAUACAGAUGUAAAAACAGAGCGAUUUUAAAGGAAGGCGUUUGGAUGUGAUUAAACUGCCGUGAUGGACGGAUGGUGAAAUUUCCCCAGAUUUUAUUACCAUGAGACAGAGUUAUGAAUUAAAUUAGCAGGGUUUUAUUUUUCUCUUCUUCGUUCACGCUGUUUUUUAGACACGUUGUUGUUGUUGUUGUUGUUGUUUUUAAUCUGUAGUCUUUAAUACGCUUCCGUACGUGUCAGAAUGCACAGAUAUCGUUAAACCACUUCUUUCCCCUUAUGUUUAUUUUCCUCCAGGUAUUUAUCUGUAGUCUUUAUUCUCUUCGAGAUUACUCAAUCAUGAGUUCCCAUCGUUUUCUGGUGCAAAAUUAAUUUUCCACCUCCAAAUAAAUAAUAAAAUAAACACGUUUCUCGUCCUGACCACCAGGAGGCGCAGCUCCACCAUUCAGCUGCUGAAUCAAGACGCUUUAUUACAGGGUUUUUUUGGGCGCCAUCUUUAUUCCUGCUGUUUGUGACGUUUUUUUUUUUUUUUUAAAUUAUUUAUUAUUUCUCCUGUGUUUAUUAGAAACUCGAGCAACUAGACGACAAAAUGAAAAGGGGGGAAGAUAUAUAAAUUUUCUAUUAUUUUCAACCAAUUUCUUUACAUUUUAGCAGACACUCUCAUCUAGAGCGACUGACAGAAGCGUGUGAAAGUUUUAAAAGAAGAAAAACCACGCACGUCCUCGUGCUAGGCUUGUGACUCGGGUUAUCCGAACUGGGGGAAAAAGUCCCGUUGAGUAAGAAUUCCUACCGGGGAAAGUCGGGAAGGUGUCCUCAAGCCUGACGUCAGGACAAAAUGGCCGCCUGCACCGGCGGCGUUAAAUAAGACACGACUUGGAAUGAUCACAGUGUUUUACGUUUUACUUUAUAGAGCUACUUUAGUUCGAGUGAAACAGUCGGACCGUUUAAUAAGCACCGACUGAAAUGAAUCGAGGCUGCGAUCGGAAUUCGAGUAAUAGAAAAGAAAAAAUUACAAAUGGCUGGUGCGUAGGACAGAAUCCAUAUUUGUAAACUAAAAGGCUGAUUUGUGCGUAACGACGUUCCUUUUAUAAUAGUCCCUCUCUACGUCAGAUUCAGUCAAACGUCCAAUCUUUUUUUUUUUUUAAAGAAUCGUACCGUAGUAGAUUCAGUGGCAUCGGCAAAUAUCGGCUUGUUGCUUUAAGAAUCGGUUCGAAUCGUAUCCUAGCUAAAGUUAGCUGAACAGCUUGUUGCUAACAAUGCGCACGCUUUUCAUGGAGGCCCGUGGGGUUUUUUGUUUGUUUGUUUAUUUAUUUUUAUUUCAUGCCAAGCUUUAUUACCCACAAUGCACUGCGGUGUAUGUAGAGCAGUGCGCGAGAUUGUAGAAGUCUCGUGUGUUUACUGUUCCUGUGUACUCUGUCAGGUUCUAGUGUAGCACACUAAUUUAUAGCCUAAGCACCACUUAGCACUGAACAUUAGUGUACAUGAAGGUAAAUAUCUUAAUACACACACACACACACACACACACACAUUAUUUGCACAUGUCAAGAAAAAAAAACAUGGCUGUGUUUCUGUCUCCACUCACAUCCAGCUGUGACCCAGCUGUUUCUCUCUCUCUCUCUCACACACACACUGACUGCGAGACAACACGCUCUUAAACUCUGAGUGUGAUAUUUUUUUUCUUUAUUUUUGUCCAAACGUGCCUUUUUUAAAAGGCUGACAGUGUGAUGUGUGUGUAGUUUAACCCUGCUGAGCACUAGCGCUCACGCCAACCUGCAUGUUUCGUUGUGUGUCUCUUGGUGUGUGUGUGUGUGUGUGUGUGUGUGUGUGUGUGUGUGUGUGUGUGUGUGUGCGUGCGUGUGUGCGUGUGUGUGUAGUUGAAUGUCCUGAACAUGCAGAUGUCUUAGUCUAGGCCCCUUGAGACCUUGAAGUAGAUUUGUUGAUGCCAAGAGCUGUUCUUCUGUGUGUGUGUGUGUGCGUGCGCGUGUGCGUGCGCGUGUGCGUGCGCGUGUGUGUUUUGUGUUCCUGUUUUGUUCUCGUGUUUUGAGUCUAGUCUGAAUAUACUUUAGAUUCACUCUACCCUCACUCUGACUCUCAGCUUUACCCUCUGUGGGAUUGUGUGUAUUUAGUCGUAGUUUGGCGUACCACCGGGUUUAGUCGUAGUUUGGCGUACCACCGGGUUUAGCCGUAGUUUGGCGUACCACCGGGUUUAGUCGCAGUUUGGCGUACCACCGGGUUUAGUCGCAGUUUGGCGUACCACCGGGUUUAGCCGUAGUUUGCCGUACCACCGGGUUUAGUCGUAGUUUGCCGUACCACCAGGUUUAGUCGCAGUUUGGCAUACCACCAGGUUUAGUCGCAGUUUGGCGUACCACCGGGUUUAUCUGUAGUUUGGAGUAUGAGUGGGUCUAGUUGUAGGUCUGUGGAUUAAUUUUAGCUUUGUAUGUAUGUUCAUUGUAACUCUGUUUUGUGUCUGUUUAGUUGUGUGUGUAUGUGUGUGUGUGUGUGACCCUUUGUGAGGACCACAAAGCCAAAUAUGUUCUCACAAAAAACCCCAACUGUUUUUAUGGCUUUUAUUUGAAACAGUAGAUAAUGAUUACAUCAGUGGACGUUCUGUGAAGAAACAAGACGUGUGUGUGUGUCAGAGAGGGAGAGAACCCACCCUGGUCUCAGAGCUCUGCACUGCGUGUGUGUGUGUGUAAGCCGUGGCUGAAGCGGCAGAUGGCGCGUGUGCGUGUGCCCGAUGCGCGCUCCCAGCGCCCCCUGUCGGUGUGUGAGUGUCAGUAAGAGGAAGCCCGACGAGCUGCUCCGCUGUUUUCUGUUUUGUCAGAGAGUUGAAAAUCCGCCGAGCCGCCAUUUUCCCCCACCGUCUCUCCCUCUGACACAACAACAAUAUACCCGAGAAACACACACCGCCAGCACGCAGAUCCAGCCCGAAAACCGCGCAAUCACACCGGAACCGCGCCGUGUGCCGGGGCAGGGAGACGGAGCAGCACUGCGCCGCGGGAUUAAACACCGGAGCGGGCUUUUUUUUAUUCCCCUUUGUGCCUCUUUGUGUGAUUUCGGCUCCUUCGCCCAUUUCGUGAAUCCCAAACGGAGCGGAUUUACCGGACGAGCGCACCAGGAUUUUCUUCUUCUCUCCCCCACCUCAUUUUUAUUUUUUAUUUUUUAUUUUAACCCCCAAGAGGAAUAUCUCCAGCAACAACCCCCCACCUCUACACCCGGAUCACGCGAUUAUUCUCCAUAAUACAGAUCUCUAUUUUUAAAAAUAAUACUCAAACUGGAGCGUAAUUAGUGAGAUCCACCCCCACCCCACCCCCCCCCUUCUCGGAGUCACGUGCAGGUUGUCCUGUGGCGUGACGGUAGGUGGGUGGUGUGGCUCUGGCCUCGGCCCCCUCGCGCCGCUGAAUGGCUGCGAUGGCGCCCGCGCUGACCGACACGCCGGCCGACACUCACCGAAUCCGCCUCAAACUGGCUCCGUCCUCCUCCGCUAUCAACCCGAGCGCCGUGGAGGAAAACGGCGCCACCGGCCGCGUCCUCGUCCCCACAAACGGCGCCAUCAAACGCAAAACCCCAUCCGACAAAGAGGAUCAUCUGUCCUGCACGGCCGGAACCUUCAACAAGGAGGAGUCGGGUCGCGAUUUGGGCAAAAUCCAGCAGCUAGUGACCUCGUACCGCUGCUCGGAUGAGACCCUGAAGCUGCAGAACGUCUUCGACAUCCUGCCUAGCUUCAUGCAGCGCAAACAUCACACCCUGGAGCUGUCGGAAGAGCAGCUGAAGAGCAUCAUGAGCGUGGGGAACGCGAGUGGUCUGCCUUCUCUACAGCAGAGUGUCGGUGUUAACGGCAUGGCCAGGAAAUUCACUAAAGCAAGCAAAGACUCCAACAGCGUGACCAUGAACGGGGGCAAGCACGGGCAGACAGCGCUUCCCCUCUCUCAUACUGGAUCGACAGGGAACGGCCCCGUCAGAGAUUCUACAGAGCAGCACCAGUGCCCUAGAGGCGUCUCUCGGGACCGUCUGUACACCCGGGAUAUCCCAGAAUCCCCUGCGGCGUUCCGGCCGCCUUCGCGAGAGCGGAACAUUUCGGACAGGUUGUCGGCGCUUGGCUCGGAAGUCUCUCUGCCUCCGUGUUCUGCGCUUCACCCGCCCGGAAGCCUGGGAGGAGACCUGCACGAUCGGUCGCAGCAGGUCGAGAGCCGUCAGCUGGAGAUCGAGGGUCGUCUGCGGCGCCUGCGCAAGCGGCUGCAGGUGGUGCAGGCGAAGCAGGUGGAGCGUCACGUGCAGCAGCAGCUUGGUGGAUUACUUCACAGUACCCUGGGGCCUCGGGACACCCGCUUCCAUCAGGAGAGAGCAGAAGCGAGCCGCUUCCUGAGGGGCGGAUCGGCCACGGCCGAAUUGGAGCGACUCUCGCUGAGCUGCAGCACCAACCUGCGAGCGGCGGAAAGUGCCUUCGAUUCAGACGUGACUGAGAGCAGCUCUGGAGGAGAGACGGACGUGGAAGAGGACGAGCUGGCCCGGGUGGACGUCGAGCAGAGGCACAUUUCUCUGUGGAGGAGAGCUGAGGGCCGUUAUGCAGUGGAGCGCUCCUCCAUCAUCAGUCACUGGAACUGGCUGCAGGCUCACGUCUCUGACUUGGAGUACCGCAUCCGCCAACACACCGACAUCUACCGUCACAUCCGCACCAGCAAGGGUGCCGUGAUGCUGGGUGAGAGCUCAGUCUGUGAGACAGCAACCGAGAAUAGCAGCAGCUUGUCUAGGACGGAGAGUCCCACCUGUCCACAGAUGCCUGACGCUGACGUGACGGACGGCUCCAUGUCGGCCCUCGGUGUCUCCAUGGAGACGAACCUGAGGAAAAGUUACCCGUCUGUCCGACAUGUUAACGGGGUCAUAAACAGUCUGCGUUGCAGUUCUCCGGCUGUGUCCGAGCCGGAGCAUCAGAGGCCGAGUGCUCCAGACCCGAGCUGUGUAGCAGCACGAACUCGACCGCUCAUCUCCUGCAGGAGGAGACGCCUGAUCCAACCCUCCACACUUCCUCACCUCAACAACAAGGCACAGACGGGCCGGUGGUGUGGCUGUGAUGUCAGUGGUCAGUGUGUGAUGUGCUGUAGUCGUCCUGCUGCUCCGUCACACACUCUGUUUCAGCGCCCCCUGCUGGACAGACUGGCUCAGCUCGACCCCUGCGUCCACCCCGUCCUCUCCUUCACAGAUGACGUUGGAAUGGGUCUGCACUUGCAGCGUGUGAUGAAGUGUCACUGGCAGGGCCGGCCGCUGGACAAGAUCAGAGCCAUCAAGAAGCUCUCGCUCAAACACUCGAAGUUCACUCCGAGCGGCCGUCUCCUCGACCCUUCAUCAUCUUCCUCUUCCUGCGCCAAAGACAAGCUCAAGCUGACCAGCUCGCUCCUCUCCACAGUCCGUUUGUCCCAUCACAGAGUGAGAUCAGAGAAGCUGUAUCGACACCAGCAGAGUGACAGCGAGUCUCGUCAGCUGUACAGAGCAGAGCGCAGUCACACUCGCAAGAGACCCCGAGAACACUCACUGGAGCGCGACAAUGUCAGUAAGGUGUAUAUGGAGGUGGCGAGCCCGAGUUCCUCUCUGACCACGCCCACUCUCAGUCCUGUAGUGAGACAGCUGUCGUCCUCCGAGAGCCCGACGCCCUGCAGUCUCACCACCACACCCCAGCAGGCACAGCGUAAGAGGAGAGUGGAGAGCUCGUUUGACAUCAACAACAUCGUCAUCCCCAUGUCUGUGGCAGCGACCACCCGAGUGGAGAAACUGCAGUACAAAGAGAUCCUCACGCCCAGUUGGAGGGAGGUGAACGUCACAGCCAGUCACAUUUCUGAGGAGGACGAUGCAGUGGAGAUUGAGGAUUUAUCGGAUGCGGCGUUCUCUCAGCUUCAUCUCCCGUGUGAAGAGCAGGAACGUUCUCGCUGGAGUUGGACGUCCAGUUCGGUUGCCAAGAGGAGGGGCAGCCGGUCGUAUAAGUCAGUGGAUGGACGCAGCACUCCACUGCUGGGUGGAACGAAUCCCUCCACACCUCAGCCUUCGUCUCCCGACCCGUCUCACUUUUCACUGCUGCAGGACUACAGCUCGGCCCCUUCGCCCUCGCCCUCCAGCCCUGCCAGCCCUGAGCUGCUCGCGCUCUCUCACACACACACGCCCAGCUCCAGAGACUCCCACCGGCUCCUGUCUAACGAGGACACGCGCUGCUCCACCCCUGACACCAGCUACGACGAGACGCCCGUGCAGCCGUGGGAGCGGCGAUCGUUCCCCCUGGACGCAGAUCCGGCGCAGGAUCACGAGCAGCACGCGAGUCCGGGCGGCGAACGCACGUUUCGAACCGCGCGGCGAAUCUCUGGCUGCAGGAGCGGCUCCAGGUCCGAGUGUGAGGGCGAGCCUCCGUCACCGCUGGCUGAAGACAUGGGCCGGCACAGGAGCAACUCAUACAGACAUACACACUGCUGAAACGUUCUCCACACACACACACACACACACACACACACACACACACACCCCUCCAGCUCCAGCGCCGCCGUACAGAGCAGAUUAAACCUCCUGCUGUUUGAUAUUCAAACAUCACUUAGUUCUUUCACAGUUUUCAGUGAAUUUGAUGAGUUGAAGAUUGGAAACAAGUAGACGACUUCUGUUUGUUUUUGUUUUUGUUUUGUUUCGUUUCAUUUUGUUUUUGGGUCACUGGAUAUUAAACGUUGGUGGCCGGCCGUUCAGAGACAGAAAGCAGGAAACCGAGACUCGGUGGUGUCCUAAAUCGCUCAUGUGCACUUGCUUCGCAUUGGAACGUAUUGAAUAGAUUGUAAACCAGCGGGUUGACCACAAGCUCCCUAUUGUUCUGAUUUAGGUCCAACCCAAACACGCACAUAAACGUCUGACCAUCAGGCACGUCCUUAUUACUAUUACUAUUAUUAUUAUUAUUAUUAUUAUUCAUUCAUUAUUUUUCUCAGCACUUCUCUUUUCAUUCUCAGCGUCUUUAAUCUGCGGGGCCAGCUUUAACAGAAAUCCGUUUUAAUCAGCUUCCUGUCCGGUCGAUCGCUCUAUCGUGUGAAAGUGCCCUGGUUCCGCGAGGUUUAGUAGAAAGCGGUAGGUCGCACGUUCGUGUACACGCCGGACGAGCGGCGUGUGAUCGCGGGUCAGCGCUCGGGGGGUUUACGUCGUGCGUGUUAACUCGUACGAGCGGUUUCUUUACCUGAGAACGAAUCGGACGCAGCACUCGAUUCGAGCCGCUUUUGUUUAGUCCUGCUGUCUGAACGCUCGAAAUGAGAAAUCCCCCUUACGCGGGAGAACGUUUGCGCAGCUCCUCUUCUCGGUAUUUGCACUCCGAAGCCCGGCACCGUUCUGUCCUCUUUCGUUGCGUCGCGUUUUCGUAUUCCCUUUCUCGACUCACGCCACUCGAAUCGUUUUGACGUGGACGCUGAUCUGAGAAUUUCUUUCCUCCGCGCCCUUUCUCUUCUUUUGCGAGAGAUUAUUAUUCGGACCGAGGCAGGAUCGCGGGAUUGUUUUCCCCAGCAGAGAGAUUUCAUACGUUACAAUCAUACUACGUUCAUAGCUACUUUAUUGGAUGAUUAUUUUUCAUUUAAUCAUGAUCCGAGUCCUCAUUAUGACUCCUAUAAUCGAAUCUUGACUCUUAGCGUUUGUGUUGCGGUUAGCGAUCAGUUUGUGUACAGCUGCCAAGCUGAAACGGCUCACGUCGCCGAGGGGCGUGGCCUCCACGAGCGUGGGACUCCAGAGAGACGAGGGGGCGGGACUAAAGCUUUUAACAGUGCGCAAAAUGUCUACCUGUGUGAAAAAACCUACAGGUGUGAUGGCGAUCCACACGACAAGCGAGUGUCGAGAUGCAGGUUUACCGUUUAUAAUCAAGUUUUGAUUUUUGGACAAAGUCGUGAUGAAUUUUGACGUAUUCGUGUACAGUAUAAUUAGGUCCGAUCUAAUCCAGUGGGGUUAAGAUCUCUACACCGGCUCUCUAGCAGCGUUAGGAUUUGAGAUUCCAGCUUUUUUAGCUAAUUUAGCACCGCGCCGCAGUUUUGUUUGUUUUCUUCCCCCUCGUGGAGCCGCACUGCGUCUCACGUCCCCGUCAGUCACGUCCAAGCUUCUGCUUUCAGUUUAUUCAGCUCCCAUACCUGCGCUUUCUCGCCUCCGGCACUCUCACGUCUGUCUGCCUUUGACACGCACAAAGCCCUUGUACCCUCGCCUUUCUCACGUUCUUGCCUCGUUUCUGUUUCUCGACCCACUGGACAGUCUGUAAUUCCGCCUGUUACGCCAUGAGAGUAUUUUACGCUCGGGUCAGUGUCUACACGUUAUUAUACGCUCUCGUUAACCAGCAGGUUUUUGUUUAACCCUUUAAAAUCAUCACCCCUGAGUGAGUGUGUGUGUGUGUGUGUGUGUGUGUGAUGUGUGGUGUAAUAAAAAAUGUUUGUUUUUUUUUUAAAACACCGUGAAGAAUGAAUCUCAGCUACUUGGCCCGUUUUAUCCGUUCUCUUCCCCUGAUUAAUAAACACACCUCCUGGAUGGCGAUGGUCUGCUCUGCGCGCUCGUACAGUUCGAUUAGCGUUCAGGAUCCGAUGUCGUGCUGUGCGAGAGAUUUUCCUACGCUCCGUGUCCAACAUGGUGAAUUUGAUUGGUGUUGUGGGGAGGGAGGGAGGGAGGGAUUUGAGUAGGAGGAGUCUGGUGUAUCAUUUAGCAUGUAAUAGUUUGUAUUAUAAAAAAAAAAAGAAUAUAUUUUGUAAAUACAUUGUUUGAUUCUUUACCGUGUUCUGAUUUUUGAGGCUGUAGCUGUCCUGAUUGUAUAGCGAGAAGACGCGUACAAAAAAAAAAUAUUUAACAACUUUCUUUACGGAAAUAAAGGUGUAUGGAUCAUUGGCAAAUCUGACAGCGUUUGUGCUUCUCCAAAUUAAAAGUGAAUUAUAUUGUA